GGGUGGGAUAAUGACUUAUGCGGAGGUGGAAUGAUCUGGAACCCAAGACUCGAGCCGUAUAAGAACACGAUUACGAAUCAACUCUUUAUCUCGGCCUCAGUCGCCAUGUACCUUUCUUCACCUGGAGAUGCAAUCGAUUUUCCAUUUGCGGCUUCUAAUUCGGAAACUUUGGGUUCGAUGCCGGGACGACCACAUGACCCUAAGUAUCUCAAGGCUGCGAUCGAUGGUUACCAAUGGCUGAAUAAUAGCAAUAUGACGAACACUCAGGGCUUGUACGUCGACGGCUAUCAUAUUAAAGGUUACGGCCAUGGCAGUAUCGGCACAGGGAAAUGCGACGAACGAAAUGAGAUGGUGUACACAUACAACCAAGGAGUCAUACUAUCUGGCUUACGCGGACUAUGGGAAGCGACUGGAAACUCGAGCUACCUGGAAGACGGAUAUAUCCUGAUACGCAGCGUCAUGGCAUCGACUGGCUGGUACUGGGAAGGACAGUCAAAUUUACCAAUCUAUAAAUCAUCCGGCUGGGCUGGAUUAGGUCAAUAUGGAGUUCUGGAGGAGCUAUGCGAUCGAAGUGGCUCGUGCAGUCAAGACUCUCAGACCUUCAAGGGCAUCUUCUUCCAGCAUCUGACCCAGUUUUGCGAAGCUUUACCACUGCACGCCGCGGUUCCUGGCAAAACUUACGGUGCGAGCAAGGUGUUGAAAGAGAUUCAUGAUUCGUUCUGCAAAGUAGUCGGCAUAUGGGUAUCGCAUAAUGCGGAAGCAGCCUUGAGCACUAGAGAUCAAUCAGGUCUUUUCGGAACGUGGUGGGGUUACAGAUACGCUGCUAAGGACUACCCGGAAAGACUUCCUCUGGAUGCGGUCGAUUAUAGGAACAACGCGACCGUGUUGAUAAGCCGAGGCUGGGCCACGCCACAGCAAGAGUCAAGCUCGACUCGCAGGGACAAUAUUCACCUCGGGAAAAGCAGUGGCACUGACUUCUCAACAACAGACGUCAACGAUCGUGGUCGAGGUCGCACUGUGGAAACUCAGCAAGGAGGCCUUGCUGUCCUGCGGUCAUCUUGGGAGUUACUGGAUUUAGGCAGAUGACCAU